GAGAGAGAGAGAGAGAGAGAGAGAGAGAGAGAGAGAGAGAGAGGAUGGCAGCAUACGUCUAUAUUUCCUCAGAAGACAAACAAAACAUCUCCAACUAUUGAAGCAGGUGAAUUGCAUUGGAAAAGUUGACAACUGAGUCCUAGAUCGUGUUCCUGUGUGACAAGCUCUUCCCAAGACUUGAGACUGGAGGUCAGAGAGCUUGUGCCCUGGCCUUCUCCCCCAGGGUCCUUCCAACAAGGUGGGAAGGGGGGUCAGCCGAAGCGAUCACAUGGAGGACAGGCUUCUCUCGCCCCUCUUGCUGGCCAUAUUGUUUUUGGCAACAUGUGCGAGCGAUGAUGACCACUCACUGCACACACAUCAGGUCAGUACGGCUCAGUGUGGCGAAUACAGCAACCAGGUCCUGGAGGACGGCAUGUGCCGAAUCAUGGCCACAUUGCCCCAAAUGGACGACCAGCGCUGCCCGGACAUGUUCCGCUGUACGGAUGAGGUUUCAUACUGGCUUCAUGAGAAUGAGGAACGCAAACAGCAGAUUCUAGCCCUGCGGGAGACAGUGUCCGAACUUCAGGAGGAGCUUCGCAACCACCGUCAUCGAGUCAAAGUGUUAGAACUACAAAGUGAAGAGAAGAACCGCAAUAGUUCAUCUAUUGAGCAGCGCUUGCAUGAGCUGGAAGAUCAUUACGCCGAGGCCACGACCCUGUUGCACAUCCAGGGCUCCUUGAUCUACGACCUCCAGGCCCAGAUCCAAAACCUUUCCCUGCUGGUGGAAAAAGUCCGACGUAACCCUGGCUGCAUGAUCAACAUAGUCCGCACCAGCCCUCUGCUCAGCGCUCAGGAAGCCCUGCAUCCCGAGGUGCAGCAUGUCAGGAACUGCCCCAUCGACUGCGCUUCCAUCUACUAUAAUGGAGUGCGUCGUUCUGGGAUCUACACUGUUGUGCCCUCACUGGGGGCCAUGCCUGUGGAAGUCUACUGUGAUAUGGACACAGAGAGUGGCGGUUGGACUGUGAUCCAGCGUAGGCAAGAUGGCUCCGUGAACUUUGACCGCAGCUGGAAGGAGUAUAAGGAAGGCUUUGGAGACCUGCACACCGAAUACUGGCUGGGAAAUGAGCACAUACAUGACCUGACCAGCCAGGGAGACUAUAUGCUCCGUAUCGACCUGGAGGACUGGAGCGGGAAACACAAGCACGCUGUUUAUCAGAAAUUUAGUGUGGAGGACGAGGCCACUCAGUACCGUGUGCAUGUGACGGGCUUCAGCGGGACAGUGGAGGACUCCUUCAGCUGGUACCAUGACAAGCAGGCCUUCAGCACACCCGACACGGGCAACAUCUGUGCCGAGAUCUCCCACUCCGGCUGGUGGUAUAACCAGUGUUUCUACGCAAACCUCAAUGGCAUCUACUACAAGGGCGGCCGCUACUCUCCGAAGGGGAAGAACCCUCUUGGUCCGGACGGUAUCGUUUGGUACACCUGGAAAGAUUCUGAUUAUUACUCUCUGAGGAAGGUCAGCAUGAUGAUCCGACCCAAAACCUUCCGACAGCAUCUGUCACCCUGAAUCAGGCCCGACCAAUGAGCUUGGCCUCAUGAUGUCAACCAGCCAAUCACAGUUUUCAGAGCCACAGCGAUGUAGGGAUGCAUGGAUUCUUUCAUGGUUAUACAGUAAAAAAAA